AUGAAACUGCACGACAUUUUAGUCGUACUCAAGAACGCUGCAUGUGGUCGCAGACCCGAGUGGGCCAACUCCGAUACGCGACCGGAACGGCAAACUCUACGUGGGCGAUUUCUGCGGCGCGUUCACCUUUCGCUUCUCUACGGGUUGUGGGUCGUCGGCAUUGGCUUCUUCGCUGUGAUGUGGAUCUUCUCGCUCUUUUGUGUCGCACAGUGGAUGUGGGGCUACCUUACGGACGCCGGUGCUGCUUCGCUACCGUUUCCCGCGCAAAUAUUUCUGGGGUUGAUCGCACUUCACGAAAGUUACCACUUCGUGACUCGACCUUCACUCCAUCCAUGGCCAUUCAUGAGACGCUUGAUUCGCGACUCGUUCCACCGCUACCCGUAUUUCCGGCUCAACGUCACCGUCUUCGAUGAGCGAGAGAAAGCCAACAAGAUGAUCGAGGAGAAUGAUGUUUCGCCUUUUGUCAAGCCCAACGACCGCGCCAUGUUUGCUUUCCACCCUCACGGGGUUCUCUCGAAUGGCUGGGCCUUCAAUGGCGCACACCAUUUGAGCUUCCAGCAUGCGGAUUGUCGAUGGCUUGUGGCGGAAAAUCUGUUUUGGUUCCCCGUCAUGAGAGACUUGCUCAAUUGGAUGGACUUCAGCAGCGUCGCGAAAGCUACUUUCCACCGGUUCAUGCCCACGGGACAAAAUGUAUGCUUGAUUCCUGGCGGCUUCGAGGAGGCGACAUUGUACGAGCGUGGCAAGCACCGAGUGUACAUCAAGAAGCGCUUGGGAUUCAUCAAGUUGGCUCUGCAGUACGGGUACAAGGUGCAUCCCGUCUACUCGUUUGGGGAGGAGUACGCUUACCACACAUUUCUAUACCUGUUGCAGCUUCGUCUUAAGCUGAACCAGUUCAAGCUACCAGGUGUCAUCUUUUAUGGACACCCGCAGUGCUUUUUCCUGCCUUGCACCGACGUGGACCUCAUCACAGUCGUGGGGGAGGCUUUGGUGCUGCCGCGCAUCGAGCACCCGACGAAAGAGGACGUGCAGAAGUAUCAUGCGCAGUACGUGCAAGCUCUUCAGAAGCUCUUCGACAAGUACAAGUCGGUGUACGCCGUUGAUCCGGAAGCCAAGUUGGAGGUCUACUGA